CGAGAGGAAAAGUUUAUAUUAACAUUCCUCCACACACAUUAUUAUGCAUCAACCCACCACCAUUUCAUCUCAAAAGUCGUCAACAACAAUAGCAUCUUGCAUAUUGUGUGCGUUUGCUUCCAUCUUUCUAGCUGGCUCCGAGCCAAGCGUGCGUUCAAAUAGCAUCAUUCCAGACAGACACUAGAGAAAACUAGGAACUUCCUGAUUUAGUUGAAGAACUUCCUUCAUUCGCCACCAUGGCAACAUUUCCCGAAAUCUAUGACCAGAUUCUCAAAUCUGUAUCCAGCACCAGAGAGGCUCAAGACUGGUCAUCCACCAGCGAUGUGAUAGCUUUGAUCCUCUCCAAGGUGAACCAACAUCAAGAUUUGGAGAAGUUGGCUCGAAAAAUCCGAGACAAGAAAGUGCCGAAAUUCAUGUGCGAAGGAUUCCGAGAAAAAGCCAAGAAGAGUUUCCAAGACAAAAACUACGAACUGGCGUUGGCCCUCUACUCGAAACUAAUAGAAUUCAGCCACGAGUGCGAAGAUGAACCAUCCGGCAAAGACUUGAUUUAUCAGGGAUUUUGCAAUCGAUCCGCGACGCUUUUCAGAAUGGGUUCCUUUCGCGAGUGUUUGGAAGACGUCGAAGCGGCACUUUGUCAUUCCAAAGGAAAUAAAGCCGAUUAUUUAUUACACGAGCGCAAAGCUCGGUGCCUUCUAGGCCUUGGGAGUGAUAUCAGGCAAGCCGAAGAGUGUUUCAGAGUUUCCCUCGAACUCGCGAAACAAGCUCAGGUGGGUGCUCAAAUGUUGGAAGCCAUGGAGAAGAAAAUGAAGCAAUUCCUGGACUCGCCACGGAAAGAGGCGGUUCCUCAGGGCAGCCAAAUUAGCUCACUGUCGGUCGUGAACAUGGCGAGCAUGGAACAGAAUACUGAUAUUUGCUAUGAACCCGAAUUGGGCAGGUUCCUGCGGGCUCGUCGGAACAUCGAACCUGGUGAGGUUGUGAUCUUCGAGGAUCCUUUGGUGGCCUUCACUCAAUGCGAUGCCCAAACCAAGAAAUCAAAGGCCUGUCAUCAUUGCAUGAAUUCUUUAGGUCGAGCUCCCUUUCCCAGUCCAAUUGUCAAAGGCAUUUAUUUCUGUAGUUGGACCUGUGUGCAAUCGGCAUUGGAGGGAUACCACAAACACGAGGCCAUCAUUCUGUCGGACUAUGUGGAACACCUCAACAUGGAGAUCAGCUCCACGUCAGGAGUCAUGUUUCUGGCUCUUCGAGCGGUUGUCCUACGCCCUUGGGCAUUCUACAUGAGUCCCGAUGCCCAAGAAAUUGCCAAGAACUCAGAUACUCAAUUCACUGUGAGGGAUCAAAAGGAUGAAUUAUUGCACAGAGAUGAAGCAGAAUUAAGAUUUUUGACAAGUCUCGUGGAUCAUGAGAGUCAUUCCGAUCCAUCGGAACGCCUUCAAAUCGCCGUUCGAGCUGUUAUCUUGGCCAAAAGCCUGGCAUUUACCCACUACGUCCACCACGCGGAAGGUGAGCUUGAGUUUCUGUCCCAACUCCUGUAUCGAUUCCAGCUCUCAAUCGCCUACAACAUUCACUCUGUGUAUCACGUGGGUGGGAACAUUAGUGGGGACAUUCCAUUGGAGCAAGUUGGCUCAGCCCUCUACAAGGAAGCGGUUUAUUUAAAUCAUUCCUGCUCGCCCAAUACCUCCCGAUUCUUCUUGGGUAACAAAAUCAUUCUAGUGGCCAAACGAGUCAUUAACAAAGGCGAGGAGGUGAGCAACAACUAUGGAAUCCAUCACGAACAGAUGUCACGAGAUCAACGACGAUCCUUGCUGCGGAACAAAUACAAGUUCGAAUGUGGGUGUGAGGCAUGUGAGAGGGACUUGCCGAUCCUCCCACAGAUCCCGAUUUCCUUGCCCAAAGGACUUGGAAAACAAUUGGACCGACUGCUUCAAAGUUAUCAGCGAUCUUUCCAAAAUGGAGAUCUCACCCAAGCUCGGAUGGAGUGUGAGCGCUAUUUGAAGAAACUCCACCGAUCCGGAGUGGUCUCACCUCACAAGAACUACAAUUUUGGGUCCAUUGCCCUCAAUAGUUGUUGGUGGGCAAUGAUUGCCCAAGAGUCAGAGACAAAGGAUGCCAUUGGGCACCUGUAGCGAAUCUCAAUUGGAUCCGUCCAUUUUGGUCGGUGUCUUUAUUUCCAGUGUACAUGAGAAAAUACCAUUCCGCAACAGCUCAUUAGCUAAAUUGGAA